AUUUUAAUCGGCAUACUUAAAAUAGCGAGCAGGCCUUUGAAUGCCAGCUUCUAGUGAGAUGACAUGUCCAAAAGAGCCCUCUUGCUGUACAGUUCUGUCCUUUUGUUCUUCACGUACCAUACCAUUCUCAGACAGCAUGAAUUAUUGUGCAGAAUUACAGGAUGCCACAAUAAAAUACGGAAAAAUGCUGUCGUGUGUACAGGCAGCUGCACCUUGGCUGCCUCUUUUCAUGAUGGGCUCUUCUAAUUUCUUUCUGAGGAACAGUGGGAAGAAGUAAGUUGCAGGUGGCACCGUGUGUCAGUUCUCUGGGUCCUGCCACUGGCUUACAAACUGCGCAGCUCUCAGUAUGGGCGGCAGUGAUUUUGGAACGACUCUGACUUGCGCUCUUGGUGGGGAGGCAGUAACGUUUCUGACGGCAAACCUGGAGAAAAAGAGAAACAAAUCUAGGGAAGAGGGAGAAAACCCAGCCUGCAUUUCAGGAAGUCUCCUUGUUUUGACUUAGUCGUCACUCCAGAGAGUUGAUAGACCAUCUCAGUUGCCUCUAAGCACUAGUAGUUCUCUUUUCUGGUGUUUUAAAAAUAGCUCCCAAAUUAGAAAGGAAUUGCAGGGGUCCUCACUUGUUUUGACAGGUGCAUGACCCAGUAAUUAUAAAAUGUUCUUUGCAGGAACAUUGUCUUGAGCAAUCCAAAGAAGAGGAACGCGCUAUCGCUGGCGAUGCUGAAAUCCCUCCAAAGUGACAUUCUUCAUGAAGCUGAAAGCAAAGAUCUGAAAGUCAUUAUCAUUUCAGCUGAGGGGCCUGUAUUUUCUUCCGGGCAUGAUUUAAAGGAACUGACAGAUGAGCAACGUCCAGAAUAUCACGCUGAAGUAUUUCAAACCUGUUCUGAGGUCAUGAUGCUGAUCCAGAAUCACCCCGUCCCUGUGAUUGCCAUGGUGAAUGGCUUGGCCACCGCUGCUGGAUGUCAGCUGGUUGCCAGCUGUGACAUUGCCGUGGCCAGUGACAAAUCCUCAUUUGCUACUCCGGGUGUGAACAUCGGGCUCUUCUGCUCCACCCCUGGGGUGGCCUUGGGGAGAGCAGUGCCGAGAAAGGUCGCCUUAGAAAUGCUUUUUACUGGGGAGCCCAUUUCUGCUCAGGAGGCCUUGCUGCAUGGGCUGCUCAGCAGAGUAGUGCCGGAAGAGCAGCUGGAGAAGGAGACCAUGAGAAUCGCAAAAAAGAUCGCAUCCUUGAGCCGUCCUGUGGUGUCUUUGGGCAAGGCCACCUUCUACAAGCAAGUGCGCCAGGACCUUAGAACGGCCUACCACCUCGCCUCCCAGACCAUGGUGGACAAUGUGGCCCUGCAAGAUGGGCAGGAGGGAAUCAAGGCCUUCAUCCAGAAGAGGAAACCUGCCUGGUCACACUGAGCUGCCACAUCAGAGGGAGGGAGGGGGCAUGAGCCCAGUGAGCAGCACUCGGGAUGGCCCCCACCCCCAUCUGACUCCAGCCACCACUGCUGCCUCGUGAUGGAACAGCAGACAGGCUGCUUCUGUAGCAUUAGUCAUGGUCGCACCACGUGGGGUCUGCAUUAAAAGCCAUGGUUCCAUGGGGAAAGGAUGUAAUGGAGAGUCAAAGGAAACGCUGCUUUAAGGGGAGUGAGCACCGAUGCUGGGCCAGCUACAGUAGUAAGCCUGGAAUUUGAUACACUUCUUCACGGAACCUUAAGUGAGGGAUCACCCUGACACAGGAGAAGGUGACGAUAAAAUGAGGUGUGAAAGAAGGAUGCCAACCUGCCUCUGUUAUCAGAAAUGUCCCCUAAGGUGGCGGUAGUUCUGGUUGCCUCAGACACGUGAACCUGUUCCAAUCUCCAUGAGAUAGCCUCCACACUGAACAUCUUCUUGGUUCUUCUGAGAAAUAAUCAUGCCUAUGGCUUUGGAAUAAUCUUACAUGACUUUAAAAGAUUAAGUAUUUAGAAAGACUGGUAAUUUUAUCUUCUUAACCAGGCUGUAAGCUGUCUCGGGGGGAAAAAAUCAACUAAUUCUUUCUUUGUAUGCCCAUACUACGACAUGAGUAGGUGCUUGAUGUUUCUGUAGUGAAUGUCCUGGCCAUCGGAGGUACUGUGAAACGGGACCCUGGGCUAAACCUGAGGACAAAAACAUCAGGGGAGGUAGGAAGGACUCAAAACACACAGUCCUACCCACUAAAAGUCACCUGCUCCAGACAUGCUUCCAAACUCUGCUCUGCUUCUGGUGAGAAUCCACAGUAGCAUAAGGCAGUUGAGUCCCCAGCUAAGCAAGGGCUUGAAUUAGGACCUAAACAUACUACUUUCUGGCUUCUGGUUCAGAACCGUGCUGUCAGUGGGGUCCCUACUGCACCCUCUGUCCAGGUGGCUGGCUGUGGCAGUCACUGUUUGGCAGUUGCCAGAUCACACAGUGUAGAGGAAAGGGCGUUAUAAGCUCUCUGGGCUUUGGAGAAAGUAACAAAGCCUUCUCAUACAUUUGGCAAAUGAAAAGCAAAAGUUAACUCUCCAGUGUCUGUGUGAGCCACAUGAUGACCUCAAACCAUGAAAUCCUGGGGCCUCUGGGCGGCCUUCCCAGCCUGUGAGCUGAUGUGCCCUUGGGAACUAGCUAUAAAUCUUAAUAGUCUCCUGUGCACAAACCUAGAAAGAAAGUUUGCUACCCAUCCUCUGAUGUCAUGUAAUGCAUCCCAAGGCUAAUAUAAAUUUCGGGUUAAUUUGUAUCUGCUUCCUUCCACUGGGACAUUGAAUGAAAAAUUUCUGCUAA